UGAGUGCAAAUAAUGCACACUAUCUCUCCUCUUUCUGCUUAUGAGUAUAUAUACAUGUGUAUACUACACCCUCUUGUUGCACAUCUACAAAGUUAGCUUUGCUUGCUAGCUUAAGGGUUUUUUAAUCCUUCUCUGCUGGUUUUGUAAGUUUAUGCUAGCAAAAUGGGCCUUGUAACUGGUCACCGUGUUGUGAGGGCUCUCUUGUGUGCUUUUCUUUUGAAUGCUUUAGUUGUGGCUGAUCAUGUUACUACUGGUGACAAAGACGAUAAGCACUUGUUGGGUCGUCCCCAUUUGUUGAAGAAGGGGUUUAUACAAGGCCGUAGGUUUGGUGGUGGCGGCAUAGGAGGUGGUGCAGGUGGAGGACUUGGUGGUGGUACUGGAGGUGGUGCUGGUGGUGGCUUUGGUGGAGGUGCUGGGGGUGGUGGUGGCCUUGGAGGUGGUGCAGGAGGUGGACUUGGAGGCGGUGCGGGUGGUGGCUUUGGUGGAGGAGUAGGGGGUGGCGGCGGCAUUGGAGGUGGUGCUGGAGGUGGAUUUGGUGGAGGCGUAGGGGGCGGCGGCGGCCUUGGAGGUGGUGCAGGAGGUGGAUUCGGUGGUGGUGGAGGUCUUGGAGGUGGUGGUGGCCUAGGAGGAGCUGGCCUUAAUGGUGGACAUGGUGGCGGUCUAGGUGGUGGCAUUGGUCAUGGUGGUGGUUUAGGUGGUGGUAUUGGACAUGGUGGGGGUGCUGGAGGUGGUCUAGGUGGUGGACAUGGUGGAGGUCUUGGUGGGGGCGGUGGAGCUGGUGGCGGUCUAGGAGGUGGCGGUGGACUAGGAGGAGGUGCUGGAGGUGGUCUAGGUGGUGGACAUGGUGGAGGUCUUGGUGGGGGCAGUGGAGCUGGUGGAGGGCUAGGUGGUGGUGGUGGGCUUGGAGGUGGAGGUGGAGGUGGAGCCGGUGGAGGGCUUGGUGGUGGAGCCGGUGGAGGGCUUGGU